AAACAAUAUGGCGGCCUGUUAACGCGGUAGCAGACAACACAAAUGUGCGUUGAGGAAUUUAGUUAGUGUAGACCUUGGGAGAACGCAAAAGACUGACAACUAGAUACGAUUUAUAUAAACAAGAUAAGCUACCAUAAGUCAGUUCCAAGAUGGAUGAAAGGCUACGCUGGCUUGAGACUCGUAUCAGUUCAUCUCUCAGGCCCAGGAAUGAGGAAUUGAAAAACCUCUUCCUUAACGAUGACAACAGGCUUGCUUUCUAUGAGUUUAUUAACAAUGAAGACAUCAAGAAGCUGUUUGUUUACGUGCGCCCGAUGCGGCAGUUUACAGCCGCGCUGCAGCCUCCAAAUGACCUCAAAUCCAAAUCAAUAUUCUUCCUCAAGUGCAAUCCUGGAACCAAACUCACAAAAGAUAACAUGGACCAAGAAGUAUUUUAUAUGGACUGUACUAAUGUGCCCCUGGAGCACCUGGAACUGACUAUCAGAGAGGUGUAUCUACCUCUACUGGGCACCAACCAGCCCAGUGUCAUGGAGGCUGGCAUUAAUGGGGACAAAAUCAUGGAUAUCUUGCACAGACUCAUGGCAGCAGUGGAGGUCACACAGGGACAUGUCAGGGGCCAGAUUGUGCUGAACCUGCCCUCUAUAGAAGUCCUGGCUGAGGCAGCAGCAUCCCCAAACAGACGAGGAGCAGUGCUGCACGUGCUGGAGUCAACAGUCAUUAACUGGAUCAAACAGAUUAGGGUGGUGUUGAAGCAUGAUCCCACAGCAGACUUACAGAAUCAGUUUGGUACUGAGCCAGGCCCCUUGGAGGAGAUGAAGAUGUGGGAGAACCACCUUGACCGACUCCACUCCGUCAACACCCAGCUGGACUCCGACAUGUCCCUAGACAUCCUGCAUAACCUGGAGCAGGCCAAUAGCCAGUACGCCCACUCCUUCAGCAGUGUCAGGAAGGAGAUCAAUAAGGCUGUAGCAGAGACUAACAAGAUCCUGAAGUUCCUGGGUACAAUGAGGCCUUGGUUUGACAGACUACACAUCGCCACAGAGCCACGGCAGAUGCUGGUGCUGUUCAAACCACUAAUGACAGUACUCAAGCUAGUUUGGACCAGCUCCACGUACUAUCACCAGAUAGACAAGUUCCAUAACCUGCUCAGAUUACUAUCCAAUGAAGUGGUACACAGAGCCAUAGCCAUGGUGGGGGAGGACAUACUGAGAGAGCCACUAGAGUCAUACACAAAACUGAAGGAGGCGCUGAGAGUGUGUGCAGCGUUCAGGGGAACGUACCUGGACUUCAAGGACACCGCUGAUGACCAGAAUGCACAGAACAUAGCUGAAAAUGCAGAAAGACUUGCUGCGAGACCGCAGGGAGCUCUGUUCACUACUAAAAUGUACGGCCCACAUGCAUACACUCCACGAUACGGGCUGCGGAACUCGGACAGUCACUCCAGCACAACAUCCCUGGACGAGGAGGACCUGUGGAAUGACAGUCCCUGGCCACCUCGUAAUGCUCCAUGCUUUGAUCUUCUCAACAGCUUCAUGGAAAGGUGCAACGAUGUGCUGGAGUUGGUGGAAACGACGAGGCACUUCCGGCUGCUGGCGGGGGCAGCAGAGGUGGGCGGGGCCGGGAGCAUGAGUCUGGAUGCCAUGGUGAAGGAGAUACACCAGAAGUACACACACGCCAUGCAGGAGUUCUUCUCAGUCGUUGACAAUGUCCUCAACAUAGAUGGGUCACAGCUGUUUGAGAGGUCAUUCUUCAAGUUCAGGACAGUUGUCAAGUCCCUAGAGAAACGUCUGGCUGGGAUCCUACGGCAGGCAUUCUGUCAGUGUCCUACAGUAGAGGCACAGCUUCGUCUCCUCGAGGUGUUUGAGGGAGUCAGUAGUAGGGAGCUUGUCCAGGCCCACCUCAGAGAUAAGGAUGAACAGCUGGUGCGAGCCUUCACUGCGGAGCUGCAGCAAGUCAGGACCAUGUUCAGCGACAAUGCCAUCUCCCCUCCCUCACACUACAACAUGCCCCCUGUCGUCAGCAGGCUCAUGUGGGUGGUGGCGCUCAGAGAGAGGAUUAGGAUACCCUGGGAGAAACUGCGUCAUGUGAGUCCCCAUUCGGUGGAGGGCAACGGUAACAUGCAGAUGCGGGAAACAUACAACGACUGCAUUCAAGAACUGGAAGCAUAUGAAGGGAAGCUGGUGACAGACUGGCAGAACAACAUCACAUCAGAGCUGACUCUCAGACUCAAGCAGCCACUUCUGAUCGCAGAGGAAUAUGACGAGGACUUAGACACACGACCUCAGAUUGUCCACGUCAACCUUGACCCCCAGCUUCUGUUGUUGCUGCGGGAGAUACACUAUCUGGCCAAUGAGCCCUUCAACAUCCACCUACCCAGCGCCGCCAAGGAGCUCAUCCGAAACACAAACUCCUUUGAGCUGAGUGUGACAGCCACCCGUCUGGAGACCAUUGUGUCCAAGUAUAACACAAUCAUGAGGACAAUAGGGACGUUUGAGAAACCACUGUUUGAGAGGAAGCUAGACAAGAUUGACUCACUGUUCGAGCAAGGGUUGCAGCAGUACACGUGGAAGAUGAAGGAGUCGGCAGACUUCAUUGAGACGGCCAUGGCACUUGUCUGCAUGGAUGUCCAUCAGAACCUGGACGUCGUCCAGACCAACUGCCACGAGAUUGCUGAGAUCACCAUCUCCUGGUCGACGAGCACGCUGGACGUGUUCAAGGCACGGGAAGCCCGUCUGUCUUAUUCCAUGGAGGACCUCUUGGACAUGCAGAGACAUCUGACUGACGACCACGAGAGCCUGGUGGUUCCUUCUGGUAACAAGAUACACCAGCUGGUACAGGUCUCCUUCCAGGCAGUACAGAUCAGUCAGGCUUCCCCGGCAUGGCAGGACUACAUUGACUACAUCGAUGCCAUCAUCCUGGAUGGGCUGAAGCAGGCCACGCUCAGCAGCCUCCGCUCCAUGCUCAACACACUGGUGCAAGCCAACAUCGCUGAGGACAAUGAAGACAUGAGUAUCAUCCCUGUGCUGACCAUCCGCUUGGAGUUGAUAGAGAACGGUGUGGCAUUCCGGCCACCUCUUGACCAGAACACAUCAGUUAUCAGUGUCCAGGAACUGGUUCAGCGCUGGCUGGAAGGUUUCCUGUCUCGGGGGAAACUUGUCAGCAUGUUGGGGCCCAAGGGCAGCUACGAGGACUACAUCACUGCGGAUGAUGAGGUGAAGCAGCUGCUGAUGAACAUCAACCAGAUGGUGGAGGAGAACAGCGAGGAGUGCAAGAAGCUCCUAGAGGUUUUCCGAGACUAUGCGUUCUUGUGGCUGCAAGAUGUCAACCAGACGUUUGAAGAUUUCCUUCGAGGGAACCUGUCACCGAACCCACUGAGAAGUGCUAACAGGCCCAUGACAACCGAGAUCAGACAGCAGGCUGUGGAGCGGACGUCACUUCAUUCUAGAGCCUCUUCAGCCAAGAGCAGCAUUGACUCUGCUGGCCUGAUGGGUACAGCUGAGAGGACAUUUCUCACCCCCAAGGGCAACAAGGAGGGGGAUAGUCACAACAUCCCAUCCCUGGAUGAGUUUGACAAUGAGAUAGACAUCUACAAGAGUGCGCGUGACGAGGUGCAAUCACUGCAGAACUACCACAAUGUAGGUUGGCUGAGAGUGGACCUGCAGCCUAUCAAGCAGGUGCUCACUACCUAUGCCAGCAAGUGGAUGUGGACGUUCACCAAGUACCUCUCAGACCAGGUGACUCAGAUGCUGGAGAAGUUGGACGUGUUCCUGAAGAGGAUUGAGCCAGAGAUCGAGAGUAUCACUGGAGAGGAGAGAGACACGGCAAGCUUCAUGAAGAUGAUGAGACUCUUUAAUGAGGUGUCAGCCCAGCAGUCGGAAAUGGACGGCAAGUUCACGGCGAUGCAUCGCACUGUCCUGCUGCUGAGGAAGUAUGGCCAGGUGCUGCCGGAGAAGACCCAGUUCCUAUUCUCCGCAGCUCCAGGCCGGUGGAACAACCUCAAGACUAAAGUGUCCCUGGCCAAACAGAGACUUGGGCCACGCAUCCAGGAGGAGUCGGCCAGGAUCACACAGGACCUGGAGGCAUUUGCUUACCGUGUGAUGUACCUCAGCAAUGACCUGGACAAGUCAGACAUCUACAACAGAGAGUGUUCCCUGGGGGAUGCAUGGGUCGUCAUAGACAACUUUGUCAAGAGGCUCACAGUGCUGGAGAAUGAAGCUCAGGAUCUGAUUGAGCUACAGGAGCUCCUGGAGGCAUCUGUUGUCAACUUCUCUGUCCUGCCACAGUGCCGCUAUGAGCUCAACAACCUGAAGCAAGUAUGGGAGACUGUCAGGGUUAUAGAUGAGCAGCAGUCGGAGUGGAAGAGGCAUCGGUGGCAGAAGAUGAACACCAAGUUUCUCAAGGAGGAGACAAGCAAACAGCUGGACAUUGUUCGAGCCCUCCCAGAAGAUGUUUUCACCUGGGAUGUCUACAUGGGGCUGCAUGAGUCCAUCACUACCAUACAGGCCUGCCUGCCUUUGAUUGAUGACCUGAGUAGUUCUGCCAUGAGGACCCGACACUGGAAGCAGCUGGUGAGAGUGACAGGCGGUGCCCUCACCAUAGACAAUGACACCCUGAAGCGGAUGACGCUGGGCGAGCUCCUCAGUUUGGGACUACAGAAGCAUGUUGAUGAUGUGCGAGCUAUUGUACAGAGAGCGGUCAAGGAUCUGUCCAUAGAGCAGUCCCUCAAGACAUACGAGGAGGUCUGGCUCAGCAAGAUAUUCGAACUCAGGUCUCACGUCCGGAGUAAAACAACCUCCUCUGCGUCAGAUGUGCCAGACAACCAGAGCGAGUACGGCCAGAGUGAUGCGGGUCAAACCCAGCAGCUGCUGCCUGGCAACUCUCAGCCCAGUCGGAGUCAGGCGCGCACCACUAGCCGCAUCUCCAACCAGAGUUCCCACAGCCGCAAGAGAAACAGUGUCUGCUCCCUGCCAGCCUCCCUGCUCAACAUGGGCGAGGACACUGGAUUACUCUAUCUGUUGACGACAACGGAGCCUAUAUUUGACGAGCUGGAGUGCCACCAGGUGUCACUGCAGGCCAUGCAGAGCAACAGUGCUGCUGGCUCCUUCCUGGACGAGGUGCUCAAGUGGCAGAAACGUCUCCAGACCAUCGAGGCUGUUCUCACCACCUGGCUGGAAGUACAGGAGAAGUGGGUGGAGCUCGAGGAGAUUUUCUCCAGCACGGAUGUGAGAACGUCACUGUCUCACGAUGCUAACAGAUUUUCUGUGGUCAACAAGGACUUCCGCCUCCUCAUGAGGGCAUCAGAGAAGAACCCCAAUGUCCUUCAGUGCUGUUCACGCAAGAACAUCUUGAACAUCCUGGAGCACAUGAACCACAGCCUGGAGACGUGUCGCAAGUCCCUGCUCAACCAUCUGGAGAGACGGCGUCAGAUCUUCCCCCGAUUCUACUUCCUCUCCAUGGAGGACGUCCUGCACAUCGUGUGUAACGGGUAUGACCUGAGCCAGGUGAACCUGUACAUCAGCAAGCUGUUUGAGAACGUGGGGAGCCUGGUGUACGACACACAGGAGGAGAACGACAGAUGCAGCUUCACCAUCACCGGGGUGGAGAGUACCCUCGGAGAGAGGAUGGAGCUGAUCCAGCCCGUAAACUGUGACGGUCAGAUUGAGACAUGGCUGACAGCUCUCAUCAGCGGCAUCAAGUCCACCCUGCAGUACCAGCUGGCCACAUCCCUGGGGGUAGAGAAACCCCUGAAGACCAAGAGGAUCCGCAGUGCAGGGGCCAGGAAGGUGCCCCUACCCACACAGAGCUCAAACUCCAACACCAAGACAAGUAAAGACCCACCUGGGAGUCGGCAGUCAAGUCGGCAGGGCAAGAAGGAAGAUGCCGGAGUGACGAAGACACUAUCAACCGGGGAACUAUUUGCUGACCUUGACCCAUUAGAGGAGGGCAGUAGGUCAUGGACACUGGACCAUGUGUCAGAGGUCGUCUACCUAGCGACACAGAUCCAGAUGACGAAACAGAUAGCGGAGUCAGUGGACGGACUAGAGGCUGGAAAUGCAGAGGCUCUGAGGGAUGCCCUGGACAAGAUAGACACCAGCAUCGCAGCUACCACCAUGUUGCUGAAGGGGCUGGAGGGGGAAAAGGAAGCAAGUCAACGGCGUGACAAGGAGAAACCCAGCAGUGAUGCGCAGUCAAUGAAGGACAUGAUCACGGAGAGGGAGCAGGACCUGUUGUCGGAGUCCCAGGGACGGCGUAGCGCUGCCCCGGCCUCCAAGAAGGGCUCCACCCUGGACGUGGCAGGGGACAAGUCCCCCAUCAUGGAGGAGGAGGAGGAGGAGGAUGUGCUUACCACUGGGGAUGCUGAAUCUGUUCAAGAGGCCAACACCAUGCAGCCACUGGACACAAUGAACAUCCUUGUGCCAGAGGAGAAGAAGGAAUCUGUGGUUGUCGUGGAGACAGUAGUGGAGGAAGAUGAUAAGACAGAGGUGAAGCUGAUGCUGUUCCCAAGUCAGAUACAGAAGCUGACCUGUCUCCUGGCCCUGCUGGCCCAUCUGCGUGACCUGAUUCACAGACUGAUGGAGCUGGCCGCUACUCAAGCUCCAGCCACCACCUUCGACUGGAAGUGUCAGAUGAUGUACAACUUCAAGGAGGACACCAAGGCUGUGACAAUACAGUGUAUGGAUGCUGGGUUUGAGUACGGCUUUGAGUACAUCGGCGCCAGCAGCAGGGAGGUGAUUACCCCCCUCACAGAGCGAGUGUUUGUGUCUCUCACUCAAGCAAUCAAGUCUCAUCAUGGAGCUCUCUGUGUGGGACCUAUUGAAAGUGGGAAGUUUGAGAUUGUGUGUGAACUGAGUCGGUGUCUGGGCCAUGUCAUGUAUGUGUUCAACUGUACCCCAAGCAUGGACUACUCACAGCUGCAGGACAUCUUCCGAGGAAUGGCUUCUACAGGGGCCUGGGUGUGUUUCAACAAGAUGAACCAGAUUCAGCCUGCUGCGCUGAGCGUGUUUUCCCAGCUCAUGUCGGUGGUGAUGGGAGCUCUGAGGGCAAGCAAGGCCGUCGUCCACAACCAGUCCGAGGACAUCCAGCUCAGUCCACACGGAGCCUGCUUUGGCUUCAUGUCAUCAGAAGUGCCGGUUCUGCCCCGCGACCCAGACAAGAUGUUGCUGUACACCUCCGCCAUUGCCACGCUGCCAGACACCAUCCUUCGACAGUUCAGAGUUGUCUCAGUGGCUAAACCAGACCUGCGACUAGCUCUUGAAGUCAUGCUGUUCAGCCAAGGGUUCCUCCAUGGAAGGGAGUUGGCUCGUAAGACAACCCAUCUUCACCACAUGUGCUGUCAGAUAUUUGGAACCAACACGUUCAUCAAUGACAAGGUCACCAUGGGUUCUGACCGCAGUGCUAGUUUCCAUGGCUGGAGUCUCCACACGAUGAAGGGCGUGACAUCCGAGGCUGGUGCAUUCCUGGAGAAGACUGCCCAGCAAACAGACAGCAGGUCACAAGGGUUUGGCGACACCUUCCGGAGAGAGGGCUUGGAGAAACAUGAGCAUGAGACCCAGGAGAAAGGUGUGGAGCCGGUGAUCCUGAACAGCUGCAGCAGCCAGCUGGACGAGAAGCUGCAGCUGGAAGAGGAGGCACUAGUGAUGGCUCUCCGCAACACCUUCAUGCCCCGCAUGCAGACCCGCGACGCCAGCGUUCUCGCCACCCUGCUCUCCGACCUGUGGCCAGAUGUCACCAUCCCCAUGGUGUUCGGCGGAGACUCGCAGGUGUUCCACCAGCACAAUGACUCCCUCCUUACCAUCCGCUCUGAUCUCCGGCUACGCACUGCUCGCAGUCACGACUCACAGAAAUCCCUCAAAGAUUCCCUCAACCUGAACACGCCUGUGGUGGCGCUAGCCCAUGCUGACAGGUUCAGUGCAUUGUUGGAUCAAGAUGCCAAAGAGGUGAUGGACAACAUGCAGGAUGCCAUCGCCGUGGCAACAGAAGACCUAGGUCUACUUCCUGGUGCAGCGUUCCAGGCCCGAGUCGUCCAGUUGGCCCAACUCAACGAUGCCCAUCAGACGAUAAUCGUUGCUGGGCCCCCUGGGUGUGGCAAGAGCGAGUGUAUCAAGACCUUCGCGGUGGCCGAGAGGGAGCUGGGCAAGAUGAUCAGCAUACAGACAGUGUUCACCAAGGCCGUAGAAUCCCAGGAACUCAUGGGCUACCUCCACCCCAAGACCAGGGAAUGGAAGGAAGGACUACUGACAACUUUGCUGCGGAAAUUCUGUAUCCAACCUGCAUCAAUGAACUAUGACGUCCACUGCAAACCAAUCAUGAAGAUCAUGCAGCUCGAUGGACAGACGGAUCCGUCCCAGAUGGAGAUGUUACAGAACUGCCUCAUUCACAAUGGAUCUGUAGUGCUGGCCAACAAUGAGAGGAUGGUCAUUCCAGACACACUGAGGUUCAUCUGGGAGCAAGAGUCCCUGGAACAUCUGAGUCCCUCCCUUUUGGCCAACGUGGGAGUGGUGUGUAUGAACACAUCUGAUGUGGGCUGGAAGCUGAUGCUGGUGCAGUGGCUGGAGCAUCGGUCAGAGGCUGACCGCGACCUGCUGUCCAGUCUGUGUAACAGCUAUAUAGAGAAGGUGCUGAUGUUUGUGACCGAGUGUACACAGCCCCCAAUGUUUGGCCAGAAGAAGACCACUGGUCAACUGACCUACAAGAGAGUUGUACAACACACCCCUGAGAAUAUGGUGCACACUUUCUGUAAUCUGCUGGAGUCUUUAGUGAACCCCUACCCUGACCUGAGUGAUGUCGAGUAUGAACGCUACUUCAACUUUGCAUGUGUGUGGUCAUUUGGAGGAACGCUGUCCCUAGAACACAGAGAGUCUUUCAGCCAGUGGUGGAAGGAGCAGUUUGAGUCCUACAUCGACUACCCUGAGGAGGGCACAGUGUUUGACUACCUGGUGGACAGCGAGACACAUGAGUUCUGUAGAUGGAGUGACAUUGUGCCUUCCUACACAGGCACACCACAUGAAGGUAUCCCAGCGGAUGCUUUUGUCCACACAGUCCACAUCGAGCAACUACUGCAUCUGCUGGGCCUGCUGUCUGAUGCGGGUAAACCAGUUAUGCUGGUCGGGGAGAAUGGCUGUGGUAAGACCUCCAUCAUCAAUGAGAGAAUCCGGACUGUGUGUUCUGGGGAGGUGGCAGAGGUGCUCUCACUCACAGUAUAUGCAAACAGGUUCAUGAACGCACGUCUCCUGUAUGAACGCCUGGAUGACAGGCUGGAGUGGAAACAUGGUAGAACAUACGUUCCUAAGGGCAACAAGAGGCUCCUGUGUCUCGUAGACGACCUCAACUUAUCUCAGGUUGACAAGUACGGCUUCCAGACGGCCACAGAGCUGGUUCGGGAGCACCUGGAUGACGGCGGCUUCUACUGCCCCACGUCACAUGCCUGGCACUACGUGAAGAACGUCACCUACGUCACUUCCAUCAACCCCCAGACGACAGCCAGUGUGCCCAAACUCAGCCAGAGACUCCUCAGACACUUUGCCAUAUUUGGCUGUCCAUACCCAGGGAGCACUGAGCUACAGACUAUAUUCACCACUCUGCUACACACGCACUUCGUCACUCCCGACUCCAUCGUGUCCUCUUCACACCACGGCAGCAGCAUCCACGACGACAAGAGCACCCGGCUGGAGGAUACAGUCAAGUCAUGUGUCAGCCUCAUCGUCAAGGUGACUGUGGAACUGCAGGAUAGGCUGAGGACCAUGUUCCUUCCAACAGCACCUCGAUGUCACUACAUCUUCACAACCAGGGAUCUGUCCACCAUCUUCAGGAACAUCUGUCUGUCCCAGCAGCCUGACAGUUCACGCAAGCACAUCCUCCACCUAUGGCAGCAUGAGUGCUUCUGGAUCUAUGGCCGACGGAUGGUCAAUGAUGUAGACUUCCGCCGCUUCAAGCAAGCCUUCACCACAGCAGUGAGGAAACAGUUCACUAACGAGGAACAGAUCCAGCUCGUCACCUCCAUCAACCCGCCCAUGUUCAGCAACCUCAUCGAGCAGGACAGCGGCAUCGUGACGGCAGGCAGGACAGACUCGCGCCACAGUGCCAGCGUGUCAGAGAAGGAUGCCAAGACUGACCUGUACAAACCCAUGUCCUCCUUGCAGGAGGUGAAGGAACUGAUGGAGAGAGGAGUGGAAGAGUAUAAUAAGAUACAUCCCCGGAUCAAGCUUGCCUUGUAUAAGACGGUCAUAGAGCAGGUAUGCCGCCUAGCGCGGACCAUCGCCUCCCCCCAUGAAGGAGCCAACACUGUGCUAGUGUCGGAGGGCUGCCCAGGCCGGUGUACCAUCAUCGUGAAGCUGGCAGCCAACCUGUGCAACUACACCAUCUACCAGAUCAACCCAAGCCCUCUGUCUGGGGCCUCGGAGUACAAGAUGGAGCAAUUCAAGGCGGACCUGGUCGUCGGCUACACCAGGGCUGGAGCCAAGGGAGAGAACAUUCUCCUGUUGCUCCAUGAGGAGGAACUGCUGGAUGAAGACUUCAUUGUGUUCCUCAUAGAGUUCAUUGUGUCUGGCUCCAUCACACACCUCUUCUCAUAUGAGGAACAGACCACCAUCAUCAACUCCAUCAGGACUGAGGUGACCCAGGCAGGACUUACAUACACCAGAGACGUGGCCUGGAACUUCUUCCUCAGGACUGUGAGGAACAACUUCCGUGUGUGCCUGAUCGCGGGUCGCGGUGGGCAGAAGUUCCAGCACCGGUGUCGCGAGUACCCAGCGUUCACCAAGAACAUGAACCUCAUCUGGUUCCCUCACUGGAGCAAGUCCCAGCUAGUGGAACACGCCUUCUAUCACCUAGCAGGUGUUGCGUGGAUGUCGGAUGUCCAGCGUGAGAACAUCGCCCACAUGCUGGCUUCCAUGCAUCUGGUGCUGCGGCAGCAGGACGGACAGGAGCGGGACUCGGGGGAGUACUCACACAUCACCAACACCUCGUAUGAAAAGUUUGUGGAGAGGUUCAUCUCGCUGACGUGCAGCCGACACAGUGAUGUGAAUGAAGUCCAGAUGGCCGUGACCAAGACGCUGCAGCAGAUCCGGCGGGAGAACGAAGUGGCCAUCAAGUUGAAGAAGCAGCUAGAACAUGAGAUGGUGGUGCUCACUGAACGCAAGGCUGGCACCAUCAAGAUCUUGUCCCAGAUCGGACAGGACACGGCCAUUACAGAGCAGCAGAUCAAGGUGGUGAAGAACCAGCUGGAGAAGAUACACAAGCUGAAGAAACUGCUGCCCGAGUACCAAGUGGCCCAUGAGAGAGCUGUAUACAAGGCUAUAGCAAUAGUGGCUGACACCAAGAAGGUAGUGCAGAACAUGAACAUUGAAAAGCUGGCGGAACUCCGAGCCAUGUCCAAACCCAUCAUCGACAUCGAGGACCUCAUGGCUACCAUCAUCAUGAUCUUGAAGUCCCCAUCGGCUGACUUGACCUGGCAGAAAGGAGCAAAGAGGCAGAUGGCCAACUUAGAGAGGUUCAUUGAGGAGUUGAUGUCAUUUGAUGACACCCAGCUGCCAGAGGCGACGCUGUGUCUUGUGGAGCCCUACCUGAAGAAAGCAUCAUUUGACCCGGACAACCUGGAGAGGAAGGCAGCCAACUCAGCCUGUGGAUCUCUCUGUAAAUGGGUUCGUGGAGUUGUCAAAUAUCACCGCAUGAUGCUGUCCAAGGUGAAGCCGCUCCAUGCUAAGGUUGAUGAGACCACACAGGCUGUGGACAGUGCAGAACACAAGAUGAAUACACUGGAGAGUAAGAGAAAGGCUCUAGAGAUUCGUCUGGCAGAUCUGGCACGAGGGUUUGAGGAGGCCACCAUUGACAAGAAUGAGCAGGAGGAGAAGACGGUGAAGAUGAAGAAGAUGCUGGACACAGCUGCACAGCUCAGGAAGAUCCUGAAAGGCGAGAGACAGCGAGGUCAGCAGAUCUAUGACUCACACAAGCGCCGCCUGGUGGCCAUUCCGGGUGGCUGUGGGAUGUCGGCAGCCUUUGCCACGUACCUCGGUCCCUACCACCACAACUUUCGGCGUGUGAUGCUGACCGUCCACUGGCCCAACUGUCUGAGGGAGAGGGGUGUCCCUCUUGUCAUUGAUUCCAUUGAUGGACUCAGAGGCCGGGUCAUAGAUUGGUCCAUCAACUUCCUGAAGACAGCCUCUGGCGCCAGCUCCAUCUACGAGGCCGACUACAUGUCCGUCAUACAAGGGGAGCAGGACAUUCCUGACGACAUCGACGACAGGGAGAAGGAGGGAGAGGAAGAUGCAGGAGGGAAGAAGAAGGAAGAAAGAGAACAAGAGGUAUCCAAGGCCGAGGAGCUGGGAGAGGGCGGAGAAUCCCCCCCUGCCACACCCAAGGCACCAGGGACCCCCAAAUCAACAGCAAAACCAUCAGACCAGAAAGACAGAACACUGGAUGAGAGGACCAAGACAAGUGGAGAGGCUGACACAGGUGAUGUCCUGGCUGAUGUAGGAGAUCCCAUGCUGGGUGCUGGAGGUCUGGAGAGAAUAGCAGAAGAGGAUGAUGAUGAGUAUGGCAGCCAGUACUCAGACAGUACUGCCCCAGUACUCACAACGAUGCAGUACAACAAGUAUGUGCGCAGCCUCAUCAAACUGCUGAUCGGGGAACCAACUCUCAAUGACUGGAUUAGGAAAGACUUCGGGCCCCGGCAGGUAGAGAAUGCAGCAAUGCUAAGCACCUCCUGGCAGAGACCACCGAUGAUGAUUGACCCAAAUGGGGAGGGUUCCUUGUGGCUGGGGAGACUCAACAAGCUGAUGAACAAACACAAACUCAUCUCGCUGGACAUGGAAACAAGAUGGACAGAUCCCCAGGUUAUCCUCACCCUGGAGAAGGCCAUCACGCGGGGCAAGCCUGUCCUUCUGAGGAACUGUGAGGAGCACAUAGACAACAUCAUCACGCCUCUCGUACACCACCGGAACACUGCCAGGGAGAACAACAACGACGAAGAACCUCGCAUGAUCAUGUUCUGUGGGAGACGCAUAUUGUGCCACCAGAACUUCCGCUUCUACCUGUCCACACCUCUCCCCAAACCCAAGUUUGACCCCGACAUCGCUUCCACCACCUGCCUCCUCAAUUUUGGCGUCUCCCACGACACACUAAUCGAGGAUCUACUUAUGAGAGCCUUCGCUCGUAUCCGGCCUGAGCUGUACAGGGAGCGAGUGAUUGCCUUGCGGAACCUACAGUUGAUGAAGGACACGCUGUACCGGCUGUCGGAGACGGUGAAGGAUCGGGUGCUGGCUGGGGGGCAAGAGGCCAUGAUCAGCAGUCCCAAGGCUCUGCAGUUCAUCACCGACCUCACUGAAGCCAAGAUGAAGCUUGCAAGGAAACUGGCUGACACACAGAGUCUCCUGGACGACCUGGAGCUGUUGAAGGAUGAGCUAUUCCCUCUUGCUCGGCGGGCAGCCAUGAUGUUCUCGGUCCUACAGAGUCUGCCCAGUGUCCAUAAGGAGUACCAGUUUACCCUGCAGUAUUUCAUUGAACUCUUUGAUGAGGCUGUCGGAGGCGAGCUUCCCAAAGACUUUGGACAGGACCCCGAUGCUGAAGAUGGAUAUGAGCUGGAUGGUGAGAGCAGUGUGGAGGUUGACAAACGGCCUCGCGUUGGCAGCACAUCAUCCCAGGUGUCCAACACAGAGAAGACUGCCACUGACAAACCCACAGACUCAGGCAAGGAGGACACUGUAGCUACAACAGGGGAGGGAGAAGAUGCCAAGCAGGAGUCAGGACAUGCAGAGGGCACCACGGAAGAGUCCACUGCGAGCACUGGUGCAGCUCAAAAGUUUGUUGAGGGAAGUGAGUCUGAUGACUUACCUCCACUGGAGCUGCCUGACACCGUGCCCCUGCCGUCUGAGGGCGUGGAAUACACAGCGCUGUCCGUGAACAGAGUCAAACAACUGAUGGACAUACUCACCAGUCUGGUGUACCACAGAGUCAAGUUGAGCCUGUACGAGGAGGACUGUUUGCUGUUCGCCACCCUGGCCUGCCUCAACAUCCAGAAUGAAGGAGGGGAGGUCUUCUCCAAUGAAGAGAUGUCACUUCUUCUCCAAGGCAACCCUGGUCUGGGCAUGCAGCUGACACUGUCCGACUUUGACUGCUCGGAUGAGCCGCCUCAGUGGAUGCCCCGGGAGAAGUGGGAGGACAUCCUGGCCCUGUCCGUGCUGCCCGGUCCCCUGGACAGUCUGUGUGUGGACUUUGCACAGAACUCAGCAGCAUGGAAGAUCUGGUACAAAUCAACCUACCCUGAGAGAGAGGCACUGCCAUGUGCUAACAUAGCUCAAGACACAGAAAUGCCUCCUGAGAGCGGUCGAGCUGGGUCCCGAGGCAGUGAGAGAGCUGCAGCAGCUGGAAGCCCGGACCUGGGUCUACUCAGUGAGUUCCAUCAGCUGCUGAUACUGCGCAUGUUACGACCUGACCGACUUCCUGCUGCACUGGCAAGAUAUGUGGAGAAGAACUUGAACUUGACCUUGCCCAAGGAGACUGGCUUCAAUCUGGGAGAUGUUCUCCUAGAUGCUCGUAGUCACCUGGGGGUGCUGCUGCUUCUCCCUCCGAGCCCCUCCCACCUUCACAGCUGCUCAGUCAGCAGGCUCAGACUCACACACAGUCCAGUCACCAUGCUUACAGAUCUAGCCAAGAGCCACAGCGUGUCAGUGGAGAUGGUGAAAAUGUGUGAUGGGUGCGAGAUAGAGGUGGAUGAGGCCAUCGACACAGCAGAGAAACAAGAUGGCUGGGUGAUCAUUGAAGACCUCCAUCUGGCUCCCACCACAUUCUAUAAGGAGCUUAAGAGACGGCUGCUGAGACUGUACAAGAGUAGAGCUAGCAUCCCAGCAGAGCAGCAGGACAAGUCCCGGUUCUGUGUGUGGGUGACGAGUGAACCAUGCGAACACAUCCCUCACUUCCUGCUGCAGAACCUACACAAGGUGGCCUGGAACCAUAUGAUCAGCCCUGGGGCGGAUGACACAGGGGACCACAUUCUUCCGUCCCUCCAUCACAUCUCACCUGAAGGAUAUCUCAAGUCAGCCAUUGUGAACACACUACAGAAGAUCCCGGCAGAUGUGUGGGAGAAGGUUAGGCAGGAGAACCAGAUGGUUCGCUCCCUGGUAUAUGGCAUUGCUGUCAUACAGGGAGUCUUGGUUGCUAGGCAACUCUUUGGCAGUCUGGGUCUCAGCCAGUGGUACCCUUUUGAUACCGUGGAGAUUAGUUGUGCUGUUUCCAUGGUAACUGGAACAUUGUUGAGGAAGAAGGAUGAGACUGAGCCUGGGUUGGAGGAACUUUGUUUCGGUUUGUCUAAGCUCCUGUACGGCAUGAUGGUAUUGGACGAGUCAGACCAGAUGUACAUAGACAACCUGUGCAGCCAUGUCCUGGGCCAAGUGUACAGGGAGCCUGCAGGGGAAAUCCUGCUGGGCACGGUCCUCCUCCCCACCCCACCAGCCAACGUUGAUCCUACGGAGUACGGCGACUGGUUUGAGCGUGUGGGUGAUGACACCAUGACCAUGCCUGCCCUGCAGCUUGGGGCAGGGGUGGAGAAGGAGCGAUGUGAAGCCAGUGCCAGUACAUUCAUCAAUCACCUGGACCUGAUGUUCGAAACCCAGAACAGUGAAGCUGGAGACAUUUCCACCUCUUCCAACAACACUGUCAACAUUGCCAAACUACGCUCAGCUCUUGACAUCUGCCUGGAAGAGUUGCCCCCCUUGCUGGAGCUUGGUCAAGUGCCCUUGGCCUUGACCCAGGACUACAACUUCCCCUAUCACUGCCCAAGCAUCAUCAGUCUGUCAAGCAUAUCCAGCUCUCUGAUGCCUGAAAGCAUUGGCUAUGUGCUUCUGCAGGAGUGUCUGUGGCUCAACUCUAUCCUGUGUCACAUAAGACAGCAGAUCAGUGACCUACAGAGCUGUCUGCUUGGUGGCCCUGAAGCUCUGCCACAGUCCCAUCUUAGUACUGUCUACAGCCUGCAAGAAGAACAUGUCCCAGUGUCGUGGAUACACCCCAACUGUCAGCCCUGUACACACUCUCUAGUGUCCUGGUUUGCAGAUAAGAAGAAGAGGUACCAGCAGCUGCAGUCCUGGGUCAGGCGAGGGAUGGUCCCAACAUUUAAAGACAAUGGUCAGUUACAGGACAACCCAACCAUAGCUUGUGGUCAACUGUCAACCGUGUGGCUGGGAGGCCUGGUCAACCCUAUGUCACUGUUGUCAGCCUACAGACAGGAGAAGGCUAUUGUGUGCAAGUGUGAUAUAGAUCAGAUUGUGUUUGAGUGUGAUGUCCUCAACACGACUGACACGGAGGACAUAGAGAUGGAGGAUGGUUUAUUCCUGAUUAACACACAUCUACAAGGAGCAGGCUGGAACUUCGACAAGGACAUGUUGAGGGAAUCAAAGAGAGCGUUGUUUGAGGUCCCAUGUUUGUACGUGAAGCUGAUGAAGAAACCAACUCCACAGCCAGCUGAGAGGGAAGGAGACGGUGACAUGGAGGAAUUCAAUGAAAACAUCUACCAUUGCCCUGUCUACAUGAACAGAAGCCGACAGAUGCUAGUCACCCAUCUUCCUAUCAAGUGUCCCUCACCUGUAGAGCGAUGGGGACUCUCUCGCACUGCUCUCAUCCUGGAUCCUGGAUUGCCAGAGGAUGGAACAAAGAAAUCCCGGUCCUACUUGCUGCUACAACGCCUCCCACUGAGUCAACGAGAAGGUGAGGAGAUGGGGGAAGAGGAGGACCUAGAGGAACAAACCCAACAGCCAGAUACUGCUCACACAGAGGCUGCUUCUGUCAAGUCACGGUCAAACCAGUCGGUCAAGUCUCAGCAGUCUUCCCAAUCCCAGCUGUCCUACAGACCAAUGUCCCCUAAAGCUGACCCCCUUCCACUAGGGCUUGGUCUCACAAGAGAAAGACCCAUGGUCCGGGAUGCUGCUCCAGAUGCUGCUCCGAAACACCCUUCAUCUCGCCCUCCCUCAAAGCCCAGCAGUGCUAACAGUAACAAGUCCUUUAACAGAAGACCAGUUUCCAGAGGAUCAGGAAUCAGUGCUGGUUCUCGUGGUACUGAGGGAAGAAAAAGCAGCGGCAGGUCGCAGGGUAUGGAUGGUGGCCAGGCAAAGGACAGUGCACAUCUCAGGGAGCUGGAUAAAAGGGGCAAGGAGCCAACAGAAGAACAACUUGACCGUCAGUCUGAGGACCAGAGAGGAUCUGAUAAGGCAGGGUCUACUGGCAAUGUUAUCAGAGCAAGUCAGGAGAGACGUCCAUCUCAGAAGUCAGUUAUCAGUGGUGGGAGAAAGGUUUCUGAAACAUCACAGAAGUCUGUUGGUUUGAAUCAGACAACUGGAUCAAUUGCCUCCAGACAAGCCUCUCCUGCAUCUCUGGGUCAGACAAGCGGGAACAGACCUCCAUCCAACCAGUCUCGAACAUCAGGACAGAGAGCGGAUGGAAAUACGCAGAGACGAUCAUCAAACAUUUCACAGAUAUCUGCUCAAAGGACCGAUGGCACCAGGCCACCUUCUAACACCUCCAGGACAUCCCAGGGGAGAAGGAUCUCUGAGACAGGGUCACAACGUAGAAAUCUAAAUAAGACCAACAAUGCAGAUGAUGAAGACAGGGUGGGAGUGAAUGAUGGGAGUGCAGUGGAAGUUGAUGUGGAGAGAGUUGCAUCAUCAACAUCACUGAAGUCCACAGAUUCUCAGCCACAGAUGGUGCAGGAAAUACAUGAUGAAUCUGACCUGGCUCGAGGCUCCGAGAUUGAAGAUGCUGAUAUGGUAGGGAGGAGAGAGGCUAAGCCACAGUACUAGUAUCUGUAUAAACUGAUAUGGCGCUGUGCUAGAUCGCCAGAUGCUGAGACAGACACAAUCUGGCUGUGUCACCUCGCAGACAGUGUUCCUCUUGAACAAGUUGGUCAGUGUUUGGGUAUGUUCUUUCACUGCUUCGAAUGACGGGCUGAUGGUCCAACAGAGACAAUCUGGGUCUGUCACAAUAGCAGCAGUGUUCCUCUCAAAUAAGUUGGUCAGUGUUUGUGUAUGUUCAUUCACUGCUCAGAUUGAUGGCGUGAAUGUCAGUCUGUGUCUCAACCCCUGCACCAUCUCUGCCUUCAGUACCUUCAGUAUAAGCACAGCAUCAUUGAAUAUAUUUAUUGACCAGUGACAAACCUCUCUUGCUAUGUACUUAAAAUGAAAGGUUAUUUUUCAUCUCAUUAUUACUGCUUCAUCCUCGUGCAUCCUUGUAUGGUUUCAGAAUUUUGAUUUUGUGACAACAUGCUUCACCAUGUGUGAAUAUUUCAUGACAGACAAUUUUGCUCAUUUGUUGAUGAGUUGAGAAUCUUUGUAUAAGCUGUGAUACUGUUUGUUCCUGAACUGGAUGAUAUUCACAUUUUCUGAUAUUGAAUUAACUAUCUUGUGUUGAAAUUACUGUGUGUAUCAGAAUUAUAAUCCGUCCAUAGUCUGUCUGUGAUAACAGAUUUGUGAAUGUUUUUCCAAUUUCAAUUAGUCACACAAAAAACAUCCAUUGUCAAAGAUUAUGACAAUAGACAUGAUAAUGAUGUUUCAUUCUGUUGCUUUUUACCUUCACAUCCAGUAUUAUUUAUACCAUUUAUUGUGAUUUACAUAUAUCUGUUUUACCUCAAUAUAUGUGUCGUUUAGGCCAGGUUUCUUUUAAUUUGUUGGUUUUAGGAUAUUUUCAGUUCUGGAAAUCAUCAUUUGAAUAUACUGCUAUGUGUGCAGUAUUUAUGAAAUAGUUUAACAGUUGUAUGCAGAACAAAUUAUCCAAAGUACACAAAAGAAAUUCAUUUUCUUCCACAUUUCCAUUUAUGGGUUUGUCAGGUCCAUUGACAUAUUUUUGAAAGAAAUCUGGCCUUACAUGUACUUUGUGUUGGAUACACUCAAUGCAAUUAAAAUACUGAUGAUGAA